GUAUGUAUUACUGUCAGCUGACAACAAGUGAAUAAAGCGUUUUUCCUCGGGAUGCUGAUAAACAAAGCCUUUGAUACUUCGCUGGCUGAGCUUAUGUAUGUUUUGUCAGUUGUAACGUAUGACAUAACAGCACAGUUUGUGUGUGGCGAUUAUCUAUGAAGUGCUUGAUUCUCGUUUGUGAGAGGAGACGCUAUGGAUGAGUAUGAGGAGACCAGACCACUGUUGGUCAACGAUGAGCAGACAGACGAGGACAGAUCAGAGCAGGACUCCUAUCUGGAUAAAGUUAAGAAUGGGAAGCUGUAUAUUGCCACAUUCGCAGCAGUUCUGGGACCCCUGAGUUUUGGGUUUGUCCUGGGUUAUAGCUCUCCUGCCAUACCUGAACUCAGCAAAAUCCAAGACCCACGACUGCAGCUCAGCACAGAGGAAGCUUCCUGGUUUGGGUCCGUGGUGACCAUUGGUGCAGCUCUUGGGGGUCUCCUUGGAGGAUGGAUUGUCGAGAAGAUUGGACGAAAAUUGAGCCUUAUGUUUUGUGCAUUACCCUUCAUCUGUGGGUUUACCAUCAUUAUCGCUGCUCAGAACCACUGGAUGUUAUAUGUGGGCAGAGUGCUCACUGGUCUAGCCAGUGGAGUGACUUCUCUUGUUGUACCUCUCUACAUCUCUGAAACGGCUCAUGAGCGUGUUAGGGGAACUAUGGGCUCGUGCGUGCAACUUAUGGUUGUGAUAGGCAUUAUGGGAGCCUAUAUAACAGGUUUGUUCCUGGACUGGCGAUGGUUAGCAAUUGCAUCCUCUAUCCCUCCCACAAUAAUGCUGGUGUGUAUGUGCUUCAUGCCGGAGACACCACGAUUCCUGCUCUCCCAAGGGAAAAGGAAAGAGGCAGAGGAGGCCCUGCGGUUCCUCAGGGGCCCUGAUGCCCCGGCAGAGUGGGAGUGUGCUAGAAUAGAAGAGGCCUACAACAAUGAAGAGCAAAGCUUCAGUCUGGCGGAUCUAAAGGACCCUGGUGUCUAUAAGCCUUUAGGCAUAGGCAUUAUGAUGAUGCUUCUCCAGCAAUUAACCGGCAUUAAUGCCAUCAUGUUUUACGCAGAGACAAUCUUCGAGCAGGCCCAUUUCAAAAGCAGCGAUGUGGCCACUGUUAUUGUUGCAGCCACACAGGUGGUCUUCACUGCAAUUGCUGCUGCUAUCAUGGACAAGGCUGGGCGGAAAAUUCUCCUCAUCUUGUCUGGUGUCACCAUGUGUGUUAGUGAAGCAGUGUUUGGAGUAUAUUUCAAGUUGACUGUGAAGCAUAAUAACUCCUCACUGACGAGUGUAUUAUUAGACGCCCAGGGUUCUCUGGCAGAGCAGCCUCCUACAGACCUGGCCUGGCUGGCUGUGGGAAGCAUGGGCCUUUUCAUUGCAGGUUUUGCUCUUGGCUGGGGUCCUACUCCUUGGCUGGUGAUGUCCGAGAUUUUUCCUACCCGAGUGAGGGGAUUGGGCAGUGCUCUGUGUGUGCUUACCAACUGGACCUGUGCUUUCAUUGUCACCAAGACCUUCCAGAACCUCAUGGAUGCCAUAACCAGCGCAGGGACAUUCUGGAUGUUCUCUGGACUCUGUGCUCUCAAUGUCAUCUUCACUGCUAUUUUUGUCCCUGAGACCAAAGGCAAAACUCUGGAGGAGAUUCAAGCCUGUUUUAAGGGGACUUAUCAGCGCUAGACAAGUUUUUUUCCUUAGGGACAAUACCAACAUUUUAAAGUGCCCCAUUAUGCCAUUUUUACUGUUUCUAAUAGAGAUGCACCGAUUGCAAUUUUCUUGGCCGAUUCC